UCUUUUGGGCAGAGCUGAGAUUGGGCCGAGCAAGCCCCUGCUUGAAAGGACCUAACUCUCGUUUGUCCAGAAUCGAAACCUCACACGAGUAUAAAAGCUCGAGCGAGGCGCAGUGCCAGCAAUCCUCUUCCCACUCGGCCGGAAGAACAUGGGACUCCUUACUUAUAUCGCGGUUGCUGCAGGCGCAACUGGUUCGGUGGCUCUGGCUCCGGUGGUCCUGGGGGCUGUGGGCUUCACAUCGGCUGGAAUAGCAGCAGGUUCGUACGCUGCUAGCAUGAUGUCAGCCGCAGCCGUCGCCAACGGAGGGGGGGUGGCGGCAGGCAGUGCGGUGGCCAUCUUGCAGUCUGUGGGCAUGGCCGGCUUGUCAACUGGUGCCUCGGCAGCUUUGGCGGGCACUGGAGGAACCGUGGCAGGAAUCAUCGCUGCACUUGUCUGAGCCCGAACCUUUUGGCUCCAUGCAUACUAUCUCAUAUUAUGUCGAAGAUAUGAAAUGAAUAUGCACCUUCCUGAGUCAAUUAAAACCUCAGCGUUAA